UGGUUUUUGAAAAGAAGUGGUCGCUCCCAGUGUAGAGUGUGGGAGCGCGCAAGAGCAGCAACAAUGUCUGGAUUCUCCUUCGGUUCUUCUUCUUCCUCUCAGUCUUCGUCUUCUUCUCCCUUCUCCUUGACAAACCCUCCAUCCUCUUCCGCUUCCUCUUCCGCAUUCUCCUUCGGCUCAUCCACCCCCUCCACUGGUUUCUCAUUCGGAUCCUCCUCCCUCUUCUCUUCCACCACCGCCACCGCCACCGCAAACCCUAGCUCCGUCGCUUCUUCCUCACCAAGUCCAUUCUCUUUCUCAUUCGCUUCUUCAUCCUCCACCGCAGGAGGAAGCGGCGGCGCCACUACUACCGCACCCUCCUUCGGCUUUGGCUCCACACCUUCCUCCUCCGCAGCCUCUGCGCCGUCAUUUUCCUUCGGUUUUGGGUCCGCGCCGACCGCAUCUGGCUCGGCUCCUGCUCCAGCUCCGUCUCUGUUCGGCUCUGCUUCUUCGGCAUCCACUGCGGCAGCUUCGAGUUCCGGUUCUUCCAUUUUCGGUGCCGCGAGUUCAGGCUCCUCCUUGUUCUCCACACCGUCUUUUGGUGGAACUUCCUCUGCCACGACGCCGUUUGGGGCAAAACCCUCUGCUGCGACGACACCAUUUGGCGGAGCAUCUUCUGCUUCUUCGGCGUCACCUUUUGGCGGAGCAUCUUCUGCUACACCCUCGCUAUUUGGUGGAGCAUCUUCUGCUUCAACCACACUCUUUGGGGGAACUUCAUCUGCAACGACGUCAUUUGGAUCAACACCUUCUUCAACAACAGCGGCUGCGAGUAAGCCAUUUGGCGGGUUUUCGCUCUCCCCGUCGGCGGCUUCCUCUUCUGCUGCAACUACAACUCCUUCAUUCUCAAGCGUGUUCGCCACUGGUGCUUCUUCUUCCUCUUCGAGCUCAUCUUCUCUGUUUACGGGGUUUGCAAAACCAUCUGCACCAACACCAACAACAACUGCAGCCUCUACUGCCGCUGCUUCUGCACCGACGCCGACUAGCACUACUGGAUUCUCAUUUGGAAAUGCAACUUCGUCUGCUUCUCAACCGUCUUUCGGGUUCCCCAAUGCAGCUGUUUCAUCACCAGCUUCAUCCGCUUCUACAGCUUCCAGCACACCGGCUUCAAAACCUCCUCGUUCUUUCUCGUUCACCACAGCAUCAGCGCCAUUGUUUUCGACUGUAACUGCCACCACAGCUUCCGCACCAGCCGCGGCUGCCAGCGGCAGUACCCCCUCGUCUUCUGUGCCUGCAUUUGGUAUCCCAGCUUCAACUGCUCCGGCAAUUGCUGCAUCUUCGUUAUCGGGGACUCCAGCAGCUUCUGCUGGUGCUGCCUCCUCUACUAGCGGAGGAUCAUCUUUUGCUGGAUUUGGUGUGGGGAGCUCUGCAUCAACCGGUUCCUCCACUGCUUCUUUUGGGACGGGGUUUUCUUUUGCAACCAAGGCAUCUGCAGCAUCAACGGCGGCUGUUUCAAGCUCUGCACUUGCAUUUGGAGUUAGCAGUACCACAACAACUGCUCCGACAAUUUCCAGCUCCAGUGCAAGUGCAACUCAGACAUCAUCUGCUCUGGUGGCUUCCACUAGUGGAACUACUUCAACUGUCAGCACUUCAGUUGCUGCUGCUGCGGCUCCCAAAUUGCCAUCUGAAAUUACAGGGAAGACUGUGGAAGAGAUUAUCAAAGAGUGGAAUACUGAGUUGCAAGAGCGUACUGGAAAAUUUAGGAAACAGGCUAAUGCUAUAGCUGAAUGGGAUCGCAGAAUUUUGCAGAAUCGUGAUGUUCUAUUGAGGCUUGAGAUCGAAGUGGCAAAAGUAGUUGAGACACAGUCAAACAUGGAGCGGCAAUUGGAGUUAAUUGAAACUCAUCAACAGGAGGUUGACAAGGCUUUACAAAGCAUGGAAGAAGAAGCUGAACGUAUUUACAAGGAUGAGCGUGGAUUGCUUCUUGAUGAUGAAGCUGCUUCUACAAGAGAUGCAAUGUAUGAGCAAUCUGAACUGAUAGAAAGGGAACUAGAGCAGAUGACAGAACAGAUCAAAUCCAUCAUCCAAUCUCUUAACUCAAACCAGGGUGGAGAGCUUGAUGCACUUGAUGGAAUGACUCCAUUAGAUGCAGUAGUUCGAAUUCUAAACAAUCAACUAACCUCUCUGAUGUGGAUAGAUGAAAAGGCUGAAGAAUUUUCAUCCCGCAUUCAGAAGCUUGCUAACCAAGGUUCUGCUUCGGAUCGUGAACUGAUGGGUCCAAGAAUGUGGAUGUCCUGAUAUAUCGAUCUUGUAAGGACCUGUUCAAAAUUUAGAUGAAAUGCCAGCAGAUAAACAAACACAGGGAUUUGUGAGAAGAGGUUAUUGUGCCUCUUGUGUGAGAUUUGAGAUGAAUUGUUUGAGUGAUUGUUACUAUUAAAUUUUCUGUUGGCCUAAAUGUUAUUUUUUACAUAUACUGUUUCUAAAAGAAUAGAAAAAAAAUAUAAAUACAUUUAAUAUCUAAA